AUGGAGGUCCUCGCUCUCGGUCUUUCAUGGGCACUGAACUACACGACCUCGUCGCAGAACAUCCUAAAUCGCUUCGGUCUGGCGUCUCUGAAGGAUGGGAACAAGGCAUCCUCGGGGCUGCUCUCCACACACCUCUCACCAAAAGCGUCGGUCGUGCUUCCAAAUGAACCCCUUUUUGAUAAUUACACAAAUAGGUGGCGCGACUGGCACGCGCCGGACGUUGGAGUUGUUGUCAAUGUCUACACAGAGAGCGACAUUCAAGUGACAGGCAAUCCUUUCCUUGCCAGAUCGGGUGGUCACGGUGCAACAGAGUCGCUGAGUCUAGCUAAGAAUGUUGUGUCCAUCGACCUUCGCAGCAUGGACCAAGUCGUCCUCUCUGAGGAUGGCGAGACUGCUACGAUUGGAGGCGGAGCUAGUGUCAAGGAGGUUGUCAAUACUCUGUGGGCAGCAGGCAAGCAAACAGGAAUCUGUGAGUGCGUUGGCAUUUCUGCCCCAGUUCUAGGAGGCGGUCACGGGUGGCUUCAGGGUCAGUAUGGCCUGGCUUCGGACCAAAUCAUCUCGGCCAAAGUUGUUCUUCCCGAUGGAAAGCUCGUCACAGCGUCCAAUUAUGAGAAUCCCGAUCUCUUUUGGGCUUUGAGGGGAGCCGGCCACAACUUUGGCAUCGUCACUGAAUGGCAGUACCGAGUCCACGAUAUCAAGAACAUCGAGUGGUCUUAUCAGAUAUUUAUCUAUCUCGAGGACAAACUUGAGGAGAUUCUCGAUCUGGCCAACGUUAUGAUGAAGACUCAGCCACCAGAAGUUACGCAUUGGAUGUAUUUUGUAAACAUCCCUGACAUCGACCCCAAUCGACCCGUAAUCUGGUACGCCAUCAUAUCGGACGACACCUUCGAAAAGUCUACAGAGUAUGCGAAGUCUCUCUAUGACAUUGAUCAUAUAAAUGUCGAAGCUGGUGUGGCACCUAUGCCAGACUUGGCUGGCUUGACCUUCAUGAGCAGUGAUAGUGUCGGAUGCGCCAAAGGCUACACGGGUCUGCGAUACCCUAUCGGUCUGAAGACCUAUGAUUUACCCGCCGUCCGGAAAGUGUUUGAUGACAUCGCCGACAUGUCGAACCGCAACCCGGAAUUUGCCGGGUCCUUCUUCCUCCUUGAAGGAUAUUCGACUCACGGCGUGAAAGCCGUCGAUGAGAAGAGCUCAGCCUUCCCGCAUCGAGAUGACGAUAUUCUGAUUACGUCGUACAUCAUGUACAAGCCGAACGCGUCUCUUGAUGCACUUGCUCAAGAAUAUGGAGAGAAGCUAAGAGGGCAUCUAUUAGCGGCAAGUCAUGAGCCUGACCGCUUGACAGCAUAUGUGAAUUAUGCUCAUGGAAUUGAGUCGCUCGAGGCUAUCUAUGGAUGGGACGAAUGGAGGCUGGAGAAGUUGAGAGGGCUGAAGAAGAAAUGGGAUCCUCAGAACCGGAUGAGGUUCUACAAUCCUAUUGUCUAA